UGGAUCGAUCGCAUAACUAACUUGAACAAGCGCCGUCGGUCCGUCCGUGCCCAUGCCAUGCAAGCAUCUCCGGCCGGCCUAUAUAUAAACUCAUGGCUAUACCUCCCAACAGAAGCAAAUCAGGGGCAGCCAAGAACCUCCUGCAGCACAUUUCACUACACUAUCUAACAGCAAGCUCUAGCUCCAUCGAAGAUCAUAUCAAGGAUUGAUUUGGAGAAACUAAUGGCGAAUGGGGGAGUGUGGGUGUUCAGGAACGACGGGGUGAUGGAGCUGGAGCAGGAGCCGGCGGCGGGAGGAGGGAACCGGAGGAAGGCGCUGGUGUACGUGCCGGCGAACGAGACGAUGAGGUCGCUGGAGGCGCUGGAGAGGCGGCUGGGGACGCUGGGGUGGGAGCGCUACUACGAGGACCGCGCCGUCGUGCAGCUCCACAAGAGGGACGGCGGCGUCGACCUCAUCUCGCUGCCCCGGGACUUCGCCGCGCUCCGAUCCACACACAUGUACGACGUCGUCGUCAAGAACCGCAACCACUUCAAGGUCGUCGACGUCUGAGACUCCAUUCAAUUCGCCGAUAUGGAUGAUGAGAGACGAAGAGGAGGAUCAAUUAUAUAUGCCAUUCUCAUAGUAUUGCUAAUUAAGUACUCGAUGGACGGGUCGAUAUAUAUCGAUGAUUGAUGCAAUGAUGCCCGCUGGCAUUCAGCUAGCUUUGCUCUUGGCCGAGCUAGCUUAGGUUGUGCGGCUUAUACAAAUAAGCGCAGAUCAGUAGUGAUGAUGCGUCGUGUGUGAUGUAACUGUGUAUACGUAUGCACUUACUUAUGUAUGUAGUACUUUAUAAGGAGGGAAUUAAUGAAACUCUUUUAUUAUGUAAAAUA